AUGUCUAAUCAACCUCCAAUUACUUCAAGCCAAACUGAAGUAGAAGAAGCUACUUCCAAAACAAAAAGAAAGAGUAUGAAGCCAAGAUCAUCUGUUUGGGAUCACUUCACCAAGUUUGUCGAUAAUACUGGUACGCAAAAAGGCAAGUGCAAUUAUUGUGAUAAGGAAUUUUUUUGUGAUCCGAAAAAGAAUGGUACUACUUCACUUAGAAAUCAUAUGUUUGCAUGCAUAAAGAACCCUCAUAGUAUGACUACAAGACAAUCUCAACUGUCUUUGCAACCUACUUGUAGUACACAAGAGGGAGGAGGGGGAACACGGAUAGAAGGGGAAGGGUUUAGAGAAUGGGUUGAAUAUACACAGCCUAGGUUUCGAAUACCAUCUCGUUGGACAGUGUCUAGGGAUUGUUAUGACUUGUAUUUAGAAGAAAGGAAGAAAUUAAAAAUUUUUUUUCAAAAGACUAGUCAAAGGGUUUGUAUUACUACAGAUACAUGGACCUCAUUGCAAAGAAUCAACUAUAUGUGUGUCACUGCACAUUUUAUUGAUGAUAAUUGGACACUGCAGAAGAAAAUUAUUAAUUUUUGUCCUAUUACAAGUCAUAAAGGUGAUGACAUAGGGAUGGCAAUUGAAAGUUGCUUGCUUAAUUGGGGAAUUAAGAGAGUCUUUAUUGUAACUGUUGAUAAUGCCAGUUCAAAUGAUGUUGCAAUUUCCUAUUUGAAAAAGAAAAUCAAUGCUUGGGGGUUUAGCAUUUUAAAUUGCAAAUAUCUUCAUAUGAGAUGCAUUGCCCACAUAAUCAACUUAGUUGUUGUUGAUGGAAUGAAGGAUGGUCUUACUCCAAUUAAAAAGGUUAGAGAUGCAGUUAGAUAUGCAACUGUAGAUCCAUAUUUUAAAAUUGAUCUUCAAUCAUCUGAAGGUAAUGGCGUGCCAGAUAGUCUAGAAUGGGAAUAUAUUGGAAAAAUUGUUGAAUUUUUGGGACAUUUUUAUGAACUUACUUUGAGAAUUUCUGGAUCUAGAUAUGUUACUUCCAAUAUAUUUUUUGAUGAGAUUAGUUCUGUUGACUGUUUGUUGCAAGAGUGGAAAUCAAGUAAUGACUUGGAAUUGUCAUGUAUGGGAGAGAAGAUGAAGCUUAAAUUUGAUAAAUAUUGGGGGGAUCCUGAUAAGAUGAAUAAAAUUAUUUACAUUGCAGUGGUGGUUGACCCUCGAUAUAAGUUAGAAUUUAUGCAUUUUGCUCUUUCAACUGUGUAUGGAAAAGAAAAAGGUACAGAAUUGGCAAAGAAGGUUAAAUUGUUUCCUAUCUUAUCACACAUGAUGAAAGAUAUAUUAGCGGUUCCUAUAUCCACAGUUGCUUCAGAAUCAGCAUUUAGCACUGGAGGUAGAGUGCUUGAUUGUUUUAGGAGUUCUUUAACUCCUAAAAUAGUGGAAGCCUUAAUAUGCACACAAGAUUGGUUGCGAAAAUCCCAACAUCACAAAUCGAUUGAAGAAUAA